AUGUUCCUCUUCGUCAUCAUCGCCAAGCUCUUCCUCAACGCUCGUGCUGCUGCUAGAGUCGCUUUCAUCGUUUUCAGUCAUAGCAUACUCUUCAGGCUACAUGAAGAAGUACACGUUAUCUCUAACCUCCGGCUUGAAGUUUGUGAUAAUUCUGCUUCCUGUGGCGUUGCUGAAAUGGUUUCCUUGCAAGAGCUGUGCAAUGUAUGCCGCAUCUCGAUCGAAAAGCAAUUCGGAAACUUUCUCAACGUCGAUGCACCUUUCAGGGACGGCAAGGCAAGGAGGAUACAGAAGACAUUUUGGAAGAUCAUUACCUAGCGGGUUUCCGACACAAAUACUAUACACUCGUUGGACGUUGUUUUCAAACCAUUUCUUUUUUCUUGCAUUCGAUUUUCGACAUUUUUCAUUUUUUCUUCUUCCCUUGCUGAUGCGGUCUCUAUGUAGGCCCUUGAAAAUGCUACAAAAACUGUCUUUACUUUCUUCUAGUGUCUCUGCAUCCCGCGUUACCUUUUGCACCUUAGCCUCGACGCACUUGAUCUGCUUUACAUUGAAAUCGUGAGCAAAUUCUUCUCCUUGCUUCAAGAUAAGCCCAUUAGACUGGAAAAGCGUAGAAUCAUGUUCUUUCAAGGCUUUCACUGAAGGAUUACCUUAAGCACCUUGAGGUGAUGGAGUUCAAAAAGAAGAAGAGAGCAGAGGAGCGUGCGAGGGAGAGCCAGAAAACCAAGGAAAAAGUCUAUGCUGAUUAUGCUUGGAAAGAUCUGUGUGAAGAUUCGACCAAACUGAAACAGCCUCGAGUGCCCGAGCUUAACAAGUACCUCAAGCAUCAUGGAAUACACCAACACAUCAAAAGCCCUAAGAACGACAAGGUGAAGGUAAUCGCAAGGCAUUGGCUUCUCCAAAUGAAUCCUGAAGGCCCUGAUCCAUUAAUUCUGCAAACACGACUGAGAGAAAGAGAUGGAGCUGAUAAAGAUCCUUACAAGACAGUGACAGCGAUGAAGAUGAGUACAGCAGAAGUGAAAGCGAUGAUAAUGAUAAGAGCGACAAUGAUUCCAUCAACUCUGGGGGUGAAGAUGUCAUCCUUGCCUUUAUCGAUGACGAGGAAGAAGUUGAGAGGCUAG